AUGGAUUCGGCACGACGAGCAGCCUUGACGCGCACCCGUACCAUCUUCCUGUCGGACGGCCAGCCUCACUACGAGAAUCUCAGCACCAUGCCCCAUUUGUGGUGGGUGUCGGUGAAGCUUUCUCCUGAGGACCGCCUCUCUUCCGAUGAAGAAUUGAUGGACAUUGUGGCUGACCGUUGCCGUGCUGAAAACUGCAAGGUCACCCACUAUGAUGCCUUGCACCACCGGGAGGAGCUUUAUAUCUCGUUCCCGGUUAUGAACUGUGACAAGGACCUUGCUUAUCGAGGUUGGAUGAUUAUCGUCGCAAGACUAGCUGAGCACUACCAGAUGGAGAUUGCCGCCGGACGCCUUUCAGUUGAUCGGGAUUAUAUUUUUGGGCCUAGGGCCUAA